ACUCUCCACCGCCGGUCUCUCUCUCCUUGCUCCGGCGCCGCUCUCCGCAUUUCGGUAACGACGCAUACAAUCGAAUACCGCCGCCGCCGAUCUAGGCUUUUCUCCUCCGCCGCACACAAUCGAACACCAAGCCUCCUCGUUCCGCCGCCGCUCUCCGCUUUUUCCACCGCCGCACACAAUCAAACACCAAGCCUUCUCGUACCUCCGCCGCUCUCCGCUAUUCUCCACCGCCUGUUUCUCUCAAGCUCCAAGUAUGGAUUAUGCUAUAUCACAAGACUUUAUUCCUAAGAUAGGAAUGGAGUUUGAAACAGAAGUUGAGGCAUAUGAUUUUUAUAUGAAAUAUGCUAAGGCAACAGGUUUUGGAACUCGAAGAAUAGCUGCUCAUAAGGAUCGAAUUACAGGCAACCUUUUGGACAUUAGUUUUUGUUGUUGUAGACAAGGUUUUAGAGCAACAGACAAUCGAGUUGUUACAGUCAAGAGACCUCGUCCUGAAAUUAGGUGCGGAUGUAAGGCUAUGUUGAAAAUCAACGGUAGAUACAGUGGAAAGUUUCGUAUUGUGAAAUUUGUUGAAGAACACAAUCAUGAUUUGUGUGAUCCGGAAAAAUCUUACAUGUUUAGAUGUUUUCGGCAAAUGUCUAAUGUCCAACAAACUCAAGUUGAUGUUGCUCAAAGUUGUGGGCCUCCAAAGAAAACUCGGGAUGUAAUGGCAAAAGAAUCCGGUGGAAUUCAACAUCUUGGUUUCACUCAUAUUGAUUUGAAGAAUUAUUUGAGAACUAAGAGGACUUUGGAGAUUAAACAGGGUGAUAGUGGAGGUGUUUUGCAAUAUUUACAAAGGAUGAUCAGUGAGGAUCCACACUUUUACUAUGCAAUACAGUUGGACGUGGAAGAUCUAAUUACCAAUAUAUUUUGGACCGAUGGUAGAAUGAUACAAGAUUUUGGUCAUUUUGGGGAUGUUGUUUGCUUUGAUACUACCUGUAGAAAACAUCGGGAUGGUAGACCAAUUGCUUUGUUCGUCGGCGUAAAUCAUCAUAAACAAACAAUUUUGUUUGGUGCAACAUUAUUAUACGACGAAACAAUUGAAACCUUUGAGUGGUUGUUUAGUGCAUUUGAAGAUGCCAUGAUGGGAAAACGCCCAAAAACUAUCUUAACAGAUCAAGAUCAAGCAAUGAGCGCUGCUUUAGCUUCCAAGUGGCCAUCUACUCACCAUCGCUUGUGUGUUUGGCACAUUUUUCAGAAUGCAGCAAUCCAUCUUUCAAGUCUUUUUUCGAGUUUUAAGAACACAUUUGCAGCUGAUUUUAGUCGUUGUGUGUAUGACCUUGAAGAAGAAUCGGAAUUCCUUGAGGCAUGGAAUAAAAUGUUAGAGAAAUACAACUUGCAAGAUAAUCAGUGGUUAACAAGAAUGUUCUCUCUAAGGGAAAAAUGGGCAUUGGUAUAUGGAAGAAAUACAUUUUGCGCUGAUAUCAUUACAACUCAACGAGGUGAGUGCAUGAAUGCCGUUGUGAAACAUUUUGUAAAUUACAAAAACAACAUUGUUGAGGUGUUCCAUCAUUUUCAAAGGUUGAUAGAUGAUCGACGCGAGAAAGAAGCUGCAGAAGAUUUAAAAAAUGCUCAAAGUUCUCCUUUCAUGACUUUUCCGUUAGAAACACUAAAGCAUGCAGCUGCUGUAUAUACACAUAAGAUAUUUGCACUAUUUAGUGAGGAGUUGAGGAAGGCAUUUGAAAGCAAGAUCGAGAGUGAGAGUGAACUUGGAAGUUCUAGGAUGUAUAAGGUUAGACCACUUGAUCGGGCUAAUGCACAUAUUGUCACAUAUGAUUCCAUUGAAGGUUCCAUUUCUUGCAGCUGUAGAAAGUUUGAAUUCUCGGGUAUUUUAUGCUCACAUAGUUUAAGAGUCUUUACAUUAAUGAAUGUCAUUCAUAUACCUGAUGAAUAUAUCUUAAAGCGAUGGACCAAACAUGCUAAGAGUGGGAUGACAAGAGUUUGCAAGGAAGGAGUUGUCGGUGUUGAUGAAAAAACCCGAAAGAAACAGAGAUAUAAAGAGUUAUGCAAUUCAUUCAUACAAUUGACAGUCAAGGCAGCCGAGAGUGAAGAUAGUUAUGCUUAUGCCAUGGAAUGUCUCUUGAAGAUGGGAAACGACAUUGAUGGAAUGGUAGAGAAGGGAAAAAAUGUUACUGUUGAGGCAAAGAAGGUCGGAGAUGUAAGAGACUGAAGAAUGCUUUGGAACAAGCUAUCAGUAAAAAAUGGAAACCAAAAGCAAUAAAGAGUGGUUUGUAACCUUCUUCUACGCAGAAAUUUGAAGGGAUUGCACUCAUCAAUGAUGAGUACUGGAACUUACUUGAUAAAUUUGGUGUAGACAGAGAUGCAAGCUUGCUUGAAAUGAAGAAGACCAAACUAUGUGGAUUAUUGUUUUGCUAUUUUCGAAUUUUUCAUGCACAAAACUAGAAUUUUAUUGAGCUUGAACUGGAAAAAAUUUGAUGAACUCAAUUGGUUUGUUGUGAACUAUUUUAAAACUUUAUGGUCAAUUUCAUGAUUUCAAUA